GGUGUCCCCGCCCCCGCCGCGGCGGGCAGGACCGUGCGGGCUGCGGGCUGGCACCGGGCCCGCCCAGCACCGGACCGGCACCGGCACCGGCAUCAGCCCCGAGCCCGGCCCAUGGCGGCUCCGGCAGCGGCCGGUACCGGAGGCAGCCGGUGAGCCCGGGCCGGAGCGGGCGGUGACACUGCUGGUGGCACGGCCGGUGGCACGGCGGGACCAUGCAGGCGGAGGCCAGAGGGGAGUUCUGCAGCCGGGAGCAGCGCCCCGAGCUUGGCAAGGAGCCGCUGGUCCCGGAGCGCCCCGCAGGGACCCCCACCCACGGGCCGGCCCAGGAGACCCCCCGAGUGCCCGCGGAGGAGCAGGGGGGCAUCCCCAUCCCCAGCGCCGGCCUGCUGCAGGUCACCGAGCGCCGACAGCCCCUGAGCAGCGUGUCCUCGCUGGAGGUGCACUUCGACCUGCUGGACCUGACCGAGCUGACCGAUAUGUCGGACCAGGAGCUGGCCGAGGUCUUCGCCGACUCCGACGAGGAGAACGCGGCCGGAGAGACGCCCGGCGGGCUGCAGCCGCCGCCGCCGCCGCGGGCCGGGUACCUGCGCUCGCCCUCCUGGACGCGCGCGCGGGAGCAGGGCCGGGACAAGAAGCACCUGAGUGACCCCGAGCUGCCGCCGGGACCGCCGGGACCCCCGGACGCCUUCCUGCCCGCCGAGCGCCCGCGGGAGCCGUAGGGACAAAACCCGCCGGGGCACACCGGGAUACGCCGGUGCUGGUCCCGUCGGUACCGAUGGAGCCCGUCCCCGGGCGCUGGACUCCCGUUAGCCCGCCCGGAGGGCAGAGGCGGCCCCGGCCCCGCGGCGGGGACGUACCGGGCUGCCCUCAGCCGGUGGCCCGCGGCCCCGGGGGGAACCGGGCCGGUCCCGCCGGCCCCCGGGAGCGGCACGGCCUUGGUUACCGGGAGCGGCGGAUGGGGCAGCACGGGACGGGUCGCACGGCUCAGCGCGGCCCGACGGAGCGCGGCCGGUGCCGGUGCCCGCCCGGUUCUGAUGUAGCAGUGCUGUGAUCCGGUAAAACCGACCGACCGACCCACCGCCGGCCUCUGCCCGUCUGCGCCGCCGCGUGGGGAGCGGGAG